UAUCAACGGAAGCAAAAGCCGUUGGCCUCUCAAGGCCGGGCUCUCCGCUACUGCUCUGCAACCUCUGUCCUUCGGUAUGGCUCAUGGAUCCUCUUCGGGCCUUCCUCCUCCGGUAGUUCAAUCGGCAGCUCGAAAGAAGACUACGUUUGACCUUGGCCAAGGAUCCUCGACUCAUGGUUUCCGAGUGCACUGGGCGAGAAUCAAGCGGCGCAUCGGCACUUCAAGUCUAGAUGCACCUAGCGAAACUCCGGAUGACACCGCUGAUGAUGGAAGUAGGCGCACCGGAGAUGCGCUUGACGGAGCGCAUGAAAGUGAAUUUCGAGGCUGGAACAACGUCGGAGGCACUGAGGCAGAGCCAGACGGAGUGGAUGUUGUGGUUGUUGAUAGCCCUUUCGGGGUGCACGCUAUACCGAACAUGCCCAGUGGAUCGCACACAAGGACGCAUUCGGAAAAGGGCGCUCAUGAUAUUGCAUCAACAUCUCAUCCUCACACGGAUAAUCUGAGCACUACCACCACCAAUGUUUGGGAUCGAUAUGUAUUACUCACUGUUAUUCGAUGGAGGACUAUCCCGUUUCUGUCCCGCUUCAAUAGCCAAGCGUUUCUGGACCCUGUGGCGGAGCAUCAGUAUCAGCGUGAAACAUGGUUCUCGAACAAAACUCUCGCUAUACUUGGGUCCCUUUGGUUGGUGAUGAGCUGGGUGCUGGGAUGUUCACUCGCUCCGAGACCUCUCCGUGCUUUUGACAAGAGCUUUUUCUUUGGCCUUGCGCCUACGCUUUCGCUUCCUAUCCCUACCUUCGCCAUAUUUGACUUCCCACGAAAGAAACCGCUGUUCUAUCAGUGCUAUCUUGUGGUUUCUGUUUGGAGCUGGUCUUUUUAUGGCGCCUUAUAUAUCAACCUCUGCGGUUUCUACGGUUCACACAGCUACUGGAGCUGUGGCACCAAGGAUUUUAUCGGUAGUAUUUAUUAUUCAACGGCCCUCCCAACGAUCGCCCUAUUCGCGUGCGGCAUGAAACGCCUUCCCGCUCUCAUUGCAUCCUUAGCCUUCGUGGGCACCAUUUGUGGAAUAAUCGCUCCAUACCACAAAACCUAUGCUCACAAUAUCAUCAACGUAUUCGUCUUCAAUAUGUUCAUUCUGUAUAUUCAUUACAUCCGUGAGAAGAGCGAGCGCCGGUUAUAUACUCUUCGAGAUCAGGUUAAGUUGCAGUAUCGUGCCACCCAGAAAGCACAAAUCAGCGAAAGACGGGCUGCUGAUUCGAAGAGGCGCUUGACGUCUUAUAUCUUUCAUGAAGUCAGAGUCCCACUAAACACUGCAAUGCUUGCCCUUCAGAAUUUAGAAGCAUCAUUUCCUCCGAGUGAGGAGCAAGCUGUCGAGCUGGGUGCUCUGUCUUCUUCUCUUUUCAUGAUGUCAAAAGAUAGGUCCUUUGCACUUCUGUCCGAUAUAUUGGACUUCAAUCGAAUGGAUGCUGGUCGAUUUGAGUCCGUUUCAAAACCGUUCACCUUUCAUCGCACCAUUCGUUCUUCAAUGGUUGGACUGCAAAUGGCUGCUGAUGCUAAGGGUCUCAAGCUCGUUACAGAGUUCGACCCUGAGAUUGAUUUGGCGGCAAGGGCAGCGGCUUACCGCGGAAGUGGUAAGAGCGAAGAAUGGAUUGCUUGGCAGUUAGCAUGCAGUCCACAUGACGAUGCGUAUGUGAUGGGAGAUGAGAUGCGAUUGAUACAAGUAGUGACGAAUUUAAUGUCGAACGCUUGCAAGUUUACGCCACCGGGUCCGACCAAUAGUGUCACUAUUAGAACAAAGCUAUUGUAUGCUCCGCCAGUAACGCCUGCAUUGUCUGGUUCGACUGUGGUGUCGAACCAUGCCGCACACAUACCCUCUGCUGAGGUCGGAACCGAAGGUUUAUCUACCAAUCAAUUGUCACGUCAUAAUCUCAAUCAGGCUAGGGACCCUGGCCAAAAGAGUGUGGGCCCUCAGCAGCUUAUCGUUCGCAUUGAGGUGCAGGACACUGGCGUGGGCAUACGGCCUAGAGACAUGAUUGAUAAUCGGUUAUUCUCUCCUUAUGUACAGACUGAGAUUGGAAGACAUCAAGGUGGCAAAGGAACCGGCUUGGGAUUGGCCCUUGUUCGUCACAUUGUCCAACUCAGUGGUGGGAGAUUGGGUGUCAACAGCAAAGGGGACCACGGCAGUUGCUUUUGGGUAGAGUUCCCUUUCGGCAUCGUUCCUGCAUUCUUCGAGGGAGCGACAGCUACACGUUCAUUCUCUCCAUUCCCAGCCACUCCACUACAUCAGGUCCUGAAUCCCUUCAAUCAUGAAUUCAUUCCAGAGGGUUUGGACCGUCAAACACCAGCCUCCGAAGUGUCGUCUAGUGCAGCUUCGAAGACCUCUGGAGAUGCCAUUCGUUUAAACAACUUGACCAUGCAACAGGAGAAUCCAGAGAUGUCAGACCAUCUGCCUCAAGAUGUCCUCCAAACAUCCGUUUCGCGAACAUUAGAUAAUUCAUCAACUCCCCGCGGCUCUUCGCCUCCAUCCUUCUUGGGCGGAUUGACUCCCAAAAUUGUGGGCGCUUCUCGUGCCGAACCUCCCUCUCACAUCUCUCUGCCACCCCGACCACACCUUCGUGUCCCCAGCGUUCCAAGCCGGCCAGUGCUGAAGGAAACGUCUCCACCCUCAGAUUCGUCCCACUUACCGUCGGAUCCUCUUCAGAGCCGCAGUUCUGACAUCACGCCGUCCCCUAAUCUUGAUAUUUCUGCAUUUUCGACUCAUACCCUUGUAGUCGAUGACGACAUGUUGACGCGAAAGUUGAUGGAGAGGAUGCUUGAGAGGAUUGGAUGUACGGUUGAAACCGCGGAAAAUGGUCAAAAGGCGCUCGAAUUAAUCAUGGAAGACCGGCAAGGUUCGCCAUCCCAAGGAAGGAAACCAAAAAUUGGUAUUGUUUUCCUAGACAACCAAAUGCCUAUUUUGAGCGGUGUCGAGCUAUGUAAAGAGUUACGGCGGCGCGGAAGGAGAGAUUUUGUUGUUGGGAUCACUGGAAACGCUCUGAAGGAGGACCAGCUCGAGUUUACACAGGCUGGAGCGGACAGAGUUCUCAUCAAACCUGUGCUAGAGCAGAGUCUCAAAGACAUGCUAAGACUGGCACUUGACCAGCGCAAAGCCGACACACCGCCGGAUUGA